AUUAAAUAAGAUACAUCGUACAACACAGACAGGAAAGAAUUCAGUUUUCAUAAGAAGAGCUGCUUGUUUGACAAAAAAAGGAGAUGUGAUAAUAUUGUGCCUUAAUUGUCGCCAUGGUUGGUUGUAGAUAACAAUACCGUUGACGUCAUUUCUUAACAGUUAUCAGAAGAAUGAUUGCACCAAUGUUUAUGUAAUGGGAGCAAAACUACGUGACUUGAGUAACUAAGGAUAGCACUCCACGUUAACAGAUGGCGUCCAAAAGUUAUGAAGACGAGUUAACGGGUAAUGAAUUGGCAAAUUCGUAUACCUUUAUACAGAUUAUACAAGUUGGAAAGGAAAAUCUAGGCACUGAUGAUCAAAUCGAGAAGACCGAAUCAUAUAUUCAUGCAUACAUUCAGAAUGCAUUGAAUGACCAUCCAUUAAACAGCUUGCGUCAUCCGAACGUACAAUUACCGUUCUACGAUGCACGACUCGACAUUGAAAAAGACGACGUUGUUUCUACGCGCAUGUACAUGAUAAAUUUCCAAAUUGUGUCUCUUCGAUAUUGGAACAAAAAUGUAAGAAAAAAACUAAUGGAAAAAUAUUUUCAAAAACUACAAACUAAUGUCACGACGGCAAGACUUGUGUCAGAAAAAAUGGUGGAAUCCCUGGCAUCCUUUAAACGUGACCCAACUAGCAAUGACGCACUUGCUUACAGGGAUAAGCCAGAGUUCUCCAAUAUUCCAGGAGAUAACUUUUUGAAAAAAAUCCUAAAUUAUUGGCUGAUAGUUCCAAGGACACAAUGGGAUAUUUCUGACGUACUUCACCAGAUGUAUACGUUUGACAUAUUCCAUCAAGGAUUUUUCUCAAAAUAUGUACAUUUCUUUACCAUACCAACAAAUGUGCUGUUGCUGAUGGUGUUUCUUGCUCAGUUCAACAUCCCGGCCCUGGGAGAAUUACGGUACGGAAAUAUUUUUGCAGUUAACUUAGCUCUUGUCUUAUUUAGCAUAUUUGGUUUGGCCUACAUCAUCAUAGGUGUCCGUCAAAAUAGUUGGGAAUGGGGUGUUGCAACGUUCGGUGUUCUUGCUGUUCUUAAUGUGGCGGGAAAUGUUUGGUACUAUAGCUAUCGGACCAUUGGCAAUCGGUGGUAUAACCCGACAAACAUCUACAGCAAUCCGUUGGUAUGGAGUUACAUUGUGUCUUUCAUGCAAACUGCAUCCCAUUUGGUGGUCCCACAGUUGCCCCCAAAUGUUACAGGCACUCAUUACUGGGAAUCAUCUAGUUUGUUCUUCACAAUGAAGAGAAAGACAAAAGAAUCAACAAUCAAACACAUAUCAUUCGUAUGCCUCUCUGUAAUUCUGUUUCCGGUACUGUUUGUUUUUGAUGAAUGGGUUUCAUCACCACGUUUGUUAGGCACUGAGGUUCUAUACAUUAUGACGGGAAUCGGAUACAGACCAAAGUAUUUUCAAAGGUAUUUCAGAGUAGUUGAAAAGGCUGUUCUUCAUGGUAACCCGAUUAUCGACCGAUUUCCUACAAGCUACAAAGAUAUCCGAUUCGCUACAGCUGGACCGAUACAAUUUAAGGAAGAGAACGGAUUCAUUUCAGAAAAUACAUCGCUAAAAUCGUCAGCAGACGACUGAUAGUUAUGUACCGGACACAUGUGCUAUAAAGGAAAAAAUCAAAUAUCCGAUUUAAACAGUGACAACUACCAAUUAUAUUUUCUUUUUGCUUCGUUUUAUUAUUUUAUUAUUGAUAUUUACUGUAAAAUAACUUUUUGUUGUGAUACAUAUGUUCCAGAAAUUAAAGAUGUUUUAUUUAUGUUAA